AUGUUUCUCUUCCAAGGCGCCAUACUCACGAUUCUCUGGAGCGCACACUACCGCUGGUAUGUCGUGGCCGUCUACGUGGCCUACGCCUCGUGGCGCUUCCUCUUUCCUCUGCAAACGUGGCCGCUCGCGCAGCGCUGGAUGCUGCGCAUGAACGCAGCGUGCCAGUACUUUCCGUCGCGCGCAGUGGUGUUUGAGCAAGGGGCCGCCGCGCCGCCGCCCGACUCGAAGGCCAUGCUGGCCUACCACCCGCAUGGUAUCCUCGCCGAGGCUGGUACGGUCGCCAACGGCUUUGCCGACCCCGUGUUUGCACCGUGCCAGAUUUCCUGGCUUGUCUCGGAGCUGCUCUUUCUCAUGCCGCCGAUCGCCAACAUCAUCUCGUGGUUUGGCUGCGGCCCCGUGCACCGCGCCAAUUUCGAGUCGCUUGCGAAGCGUGGCAGCAAUCUCGCACUCAUUCCUGGCGGGUUCGAAGAGGCGACCAUCUACGCGUAUGGCAAGCACCGCGUGUUUCUCAAGGAGCGCAAAGGCUUUAUCAAGCUCGCGCUGCAGCACGGCUACAAGGUCUACCCGGUGUAUACGUUUGGCGAAGAACGCACGUAUCUUGCCUUCGAGCCAGGUCUGCGCUUGCGCCUCGCACUCAACCGGUUUAAACUGCCCGGCGUGCUCUUCCGAGGCCUCUGGUGGUGCUUCUUCCUUCCAUUUGCGUCGCAGACCAUGACGACGGUGGUCGGCGCGCCGCUGCAGCUACCAACGCUUCCGUCACCGACGCCGGACGAUGUGCGCAAGUACCACGAUGCGUACAUGACGGCUCUCCAAGCGCUCUUUGAACGCCACAAGGCAGCGUACGCGCAGGACCCUACCGAGACGCUCGAGUUCUUUUAA